GCGAGUGUGUUGGGUGUUGACCGAGUGAGUGAGUGUGUGUAUGUUGACCGUGUGAGUGUGUCUGUUGACCAAGUGAGUAUGUGUGUUGACAGUGUGUGUGGUGAGUGUGUGUGUGUGUGCUUUUGUGUCAGUAUCUCUCCAUAAUGAUUUAUGUGUAGGGGAUUCACCUACCGAAACAACGUCAAUAGGUCUCACUUACAUUUGUUCUAACUUGUAAAAUAAACAGUAAAUGUUCUUCAUUGGUUUUGGCACAUACUGUAGCAAGUGGUAGGGUUGAAAAAUUCUGGGAACUUCCAGGAGUCUUCCAACCAGGAUUUCUGAAAAUGUUGGGAAGUUUGGGAAAAGAACCAGAAUUGAGGAGUUCCCUGAGCACCACUCAUUUCAUUUUGAUACUAGCCUCUAAACUUCAUAGAACAUUUGCAGUUUUUGCACUAAUACUCAAUGUUUAGACACAUCCUCCUCUGUCAGGUUUACGUUUCACUCCUAGUGUUUGACAUCUCUGUCUCUCUCCAGAUAACAUGGGGUUGCGCCGUGGCUCCCCACAGGCAGUGAGGAGAGACAUAGGCCUGGCCGUCACCCACAGGUUUUCCACCAAGUCGUGGCUGUCCCAGACGUGUCAGGUGUGUCAGAAGAACAUGAUGUUUGGGGUGAAGUGUAAACACUGCAGGUUAAAGUGCCAUAAUAAGUGUACUAAAGAAUCUCCCUCCUGCAGAAUCUCCUUUCUGCCAAUCACCAAAAUUCGGAGGACUGAGUCUGUGCCGUCUGACAUCAACAACCCUGUGGACCGGUUGGAAGCACCGCAGUUUGGCACACUACCAAAGGCCAUCACCAAAAAGGAUCACCCUCCUGUGCUGAACCAGUUGGACUCCAGCAGUAACCCGUCCUCCACCACCUCCUCCACACCCUCCUCCCCUGCCCCCUUCCAGAACCCUCCCAGUGCCACCCCGCCCCCCAACCCCUCGCCCAAGGUCCACCGGGAAAACCGCUUCCACUUCCCAGAUGUGUCCAGUUCCACUACUUUGCACUCUGAAGCCCUCCAAGACACCGUUGAGACUGAACCAGCAGAUGACAUGCACGCUGAACUGGCUGAGGAUGACGAUGGAGAGGUAGAAACUGUGUGUGUGUGUAAAGUAACUGUAACAUAUGUGCAGACACAUGCCCAAAACCAAAAGCAUUGGCCAUGCAUGAAUGUCUUACAGGAGGAAGAGGAGGAGGAGGAGGAGGUUGAACCUGAGAUAGACCCAGAUCCAGUAGAGGAGGAGGAGGAGGAGGAGGAGGAGGAGGAGGAGGAUGAUGAUGAUGAUGAGGAAGAUGACGAUGGGAGUGGGAUGAAUGGUGGUUCGGACGGUGAGUGUGAUGGUGAUGAGUUGGAUGACCUGCCCAGUUCACGGAGUGGUCGCUGGAAAGGCCCCAUCUCCCGUAAGGCCAGCCAGACCAGCGUCUACCUGCAGGAGUGGGACAUUCCCUUCGAACAGCUGGACCUGGGAGAGCUCAUUGGGAAGGGCCGUUGGGGAAAGGUGCAUAAGGGGCGUUGGCAUGGCGAGGUGGCUAUCCGGCUGCUGGAGAUAGAUGGGAACAACCAGGACCACCUGAAGCUGUUUAAGAAGGAGGUGAUGAACUACAGACAGACCCGUCACGAGAACGUGGUCCUCUUCAUGGGGGCCUGCAUGGCCCCGCCCCACCUCGCCAUCAUCACCAGUUUCUGUAAAGGGAGGACACUAUACUCUGUGGUUCGGGACACCAAAAACACAUUGGAUAUAAACAAGACGAGGCAAAUCGCUCAAGAAAUUGUAAAGGGAAUGGGCUACCUGCAUGCCAAAGGCAUUGUCCACAAGGACUUGAAGUCAAAGAACGUCUUUCAUGACACCAAUAAAGUGAUUAUUACAGACUUUGGCCUGUUUGGGAUCUCUGGAGUGGUUCAGGAGGGGAGGCGAGACAACGAGCUGAAGCUUCCACAUGGCUGGAUCUGUUACCUGGCGCCAGAGAUCGUACGCAGGAUGAGCCCUGGAAACAACGAGGACCGCCUGCCCUUCUCCAACGCUGCAGACGUCUAUGCCUUUGGCACCAUUUGGUACGAGCUCCAAGCCAGGGACUGGCCUAUCAUCAACCAGCCUGUGGAGGCUACCAUCUGGCAGGUGGGGAGCGGUGAGGGCAUCAAGAAGGUCCUGGCAGAGAUCAACCUGGGCAAGGAGGUCACGGAAAUCCUGUCUGCCUGCUGGGCCUAUGACCUGAGGGAGCGGCCCACCUUCACCCAACUGGCAGACAUGCUGGAGAAGCUGCCCAAACUCAACCGGAGACUGUCCCACCCUGGACACUUCUGGAAGUCUGCAGAGUACGUAUCCUAGAGGUGUAGGACAUGCCUGCCCGCCCUGCCAUGCACUCUGACCCCUAACUGGGUUCUGACUCAUCUGGAAUGGACUUGUGUAUGAAACAAAGAGGUUCAGCUGAAGGCAUGUAAAGGAUGGCCCUCAGAUUGCUGUGCGGUUUUAUGGCCACUGAUGUCAAACUGAUGGAGACUAGGCAGGGGAUGACCGAGUUGACUCUUGGUCGUAGUUUAUUGUCAUGAGCCACAUACCCUCUUGACGGUCCAUUACAGAUACGUUGACCACUGUAAUAUGAGUGACUGUGGUUUCUAAUGGUGAAGCAUUUAGAAAUUAACCAUUAUAUGUGACGCUAAGGGAAUUUUCUGUUUUAUCUUCUGUUUCCCAAACUUUCUCCUCCAGGAUGUGACUGUGAGUGCACUUUUCUGUUUAAAAGCAUUGUCCCUCCCUUUCCUGGACAUUUUCCUGACCUGCUCUGUACCCAUACACCUCCCCACCCCUUUCUUCUCAUAUGUUAGGUGUACAGUACCUGGUCCAGAUUUGUCUCUGCACCUUCACUCAUCUCCUGCCAUCUCUGUUCCUGCUCGCGCUCUGUAACUUGCUCAUUCGCUACAUACUGCACGUCUGUCACUCAAAAGGCUCAUGGGUGGAGUCUUCUCUACACAUGAACUACUUGUCCAGUAACAGCCCCUACCAGUUUAACAACUCUCUGCUAGUGGAGCUAGCUACUGGUCUUAUGUUUGUUUUCAAACAAGCUGUCC